AGAUUCGGAGUAUAAGCCUGUUUAAUACAUUAUGGUUUUACAUAGAAGGAUUACAUUAAAAAGGCGCUGACCUUUUAGAUUAACCUGAGCACUAAAUGCAUCCCAGUGUGUAACAACUGAUUCACCUUAAUGGCCAGAGUCUUCAGUCAGCUCCAGUCUAAUUCCUUCUUCAUGUUGGGAGUGGGUGCUGUCAUUCUGGACUCCAGCUAUUAUUUCACACUGCACACAAUCCAGUGGGGCUACUGGACUCUCCCUGCGUGUGUACCCACGCACCCCGGACACGUUCGUGCGUCAUUUGAGAAUAAAACGGGCGGAGUGACCCUGACUGACUCCUCUGAUAUGGGAACUUUCCGAUUGAGAUGAUUAUCGGUAGUUUACGGUCUUUGGAAAUUGCUUGAAUUUCCUGGCAGCCUCCAGUCGCAGCUCAACAGGAAAAAUGGGGAUGAUUUCAGGGUUCAUCUUUCUGUGCUUGCUCCGAGCUGCGGUCCCUCAAGUUCAUGGGCCCAGGCCAAUUCCUGGGCGAGGUGACAGUCCAGAACCGACUCCAUCUCCAUUCCCACCUGAGCCAGGACCUAAAGGUUGUGAGAUUGGGAUAGUCGACUGUCCCAUCAAGCUGUUUUUCACCAUCGACACCUCAGAGACUAUCGCCUUACAGGAGUCCCCUCCUGGUAUCCUGGUGCAAAACAUCAAGGAGUUCACCAAGAUCUUUGCACAGAGGCUGGCUGACGAGGAGUACAAGGGCCAGAUCCAGAUCACCUGGUCCAUAGGAGGCCUGCACUUCUCCCAGACGCAGAUAGUCUUCAGCCAGUUCACGAGUAGGGAAAACUUCAUCAGGAACCUUGGUACGAUCAAAUAUCUGGGCAAAGGAACCUACACUGACUGCGCCCUGAAGAACAUGACCUACCAGCUGACCCAGCACUUCUCAGGGACAAGGGCCGUCCUCUUCUCUGUGGUCAUCACUGAUGGCCAUGUGACAGGAAAUCCAUGUGGAGGGAUCAAAGUGAUGGCAGAGAGGGCCCGUGAGCAAGGGGUCCAUAUUUUCUCAGUUGCAGCGUCCAGAGAGAUUGAGGACCUAGGGAUGAAGGAGAUAGCCAGCUCUCCCACUGAGGUGUACCGUGAUGACUACAUAGCCGUGGACGUCGUUGACGGGCGACCAAGAAUAAAUACUGAAUCCAUCGAUCGUAUCAUAAAAGCCAUGAAAUAUCAAGCCUAUUUACAGUGUUAUAGACAUCAAUGCUACACGGCUCCUGGGGUCCCUGGACCAAAAGGGCUUCAAGGGGCAAAAGGUAUAAAAGGAGACGGGGGAAGUCUUGGAUCAAAAGGAGAAAGGGGUAGACCGGGUGAUCCUGGCAUUGAAGGUCCAAUCGGACAACCCGGUCCAAAGGGAGAGACUGGUUUGAAAGGUGAGAAGGGUGAAAUCGGAGCAAGUGGAGCAAAGGGCGCACCAGGGGUACCUGGCAGGAAUGGAACCGAUGGACAGAAGGGUAAAACUGGCCGAAUUGGAGCUUCUGGUUGCAAAGGGGAUCCUGGUGAUGAGGGACCAGAUGGGUACUACGGAGAUGUUGGAGACAUGGGGCGACCAGGAGACAAAGGAGAAAAGGGUGAACCUGGCUACCCUGGGAAGUCGGGCCCUACUGGCCCUGUGGGUGAACAAGGACCAAAGGGUGAAAGAGGAAAUCCUGGAAAUCCAGGGCCACCAGGAGAAAAAGGACCUACGGGGCCUGAAGGUUUACCUGGACCACCAGGCGAACAGGGAAGGAGAGGAGACUCUGGACCAAAGGGAGCACAGGGACCUGAUGGGGUAAAAGGAGAGAGGGGAGAGAGAGGGCCGCAGGGAAGCAGAGGUCGACCCGGGGAAGAUGGAUUCAAGGGUGCAACGGGAGACCAAGGCUUACCAGGACCGAGGGGGAAGCCAGGAGAACCAGGAAGCCUCGGUGCAAAUGGUACCAGGGGAAAUCCUGGAGAUCCUGGACCAAGAGGAGACUCAGGACUUCCUGGACCCAAGGGAGACGAAGGAAGACAGGGAUUCAGCUAUCCUGGACCAAGAGGACCCACUGGAGACAGAGGCAAUCCAGGCAGGAGAGGACCCAGGGGCAGCAGAGGUGACUGUGGCCCCAAAGGAGGGCCCGGAGACAAAGGACAACCAGGAGAGCUCGGGAAUCCAGGUCAGCCAGGUGAGCCAGGAGAGAGAGGCCCCAAAGGAGACCCUGGAAUUGAUGGGGGGCCAGGGCCAAUGGGUGAUCCCGGGCUCACUGACUGUGACAUCAUGACUUACAUCAGGGAGACGUGUGGCUGUUGUGACUGUGAAAAGCGCUGUGGAGCUCUGGACGUUGUAUUUGUAAUCGAUAGCUCAGAGAGCGUUGGGCUAACAAACUUCACCCUGGAAAAGAAUUUUGUAAUCAACACUAUCAACAGGCUGGGAUCUAUGGCCAAUGACCCUGCGUCCCCAACUGGCACAAGAGUUGGAGUUGUACAGUUCAGUCACAACGGGACCUUUGAGGCCAUUCGUCUUGAUGACCCGAACAUAAACUCCAUGUCCGCCUUUAAGAUGGCCGUGAAGAAUCUGCAGUGGAUUGCUGGGGGCACCUUCACGCCAUCGGCUCUCAAGUUUGCUUACGAUACCCUAAUCAGGGACAGCAAGAGAGCCCGAGCUAGAGUGUCCGUGGUGGUGAUCACAGAUGGCCGCUUUGACCCUCGUGAUGACGAGGAUCUGCUCAAGUACCUUUGUGAUGACGACAAUGUGGUGGUGAAUGCUAUUGGGGUUGGUGAUAUGUUUAAAAAGGAACAGGAUGAUGAAAUCCUGGGUUCAAUAGCAUGUGGCAAGAAGCAACGUGUCAGUGAGAUGAGGCGUUACGUUGACUUGGUGGCUGAGGACUUCUUAGAAAAAAUGGAGACUGUGCUCUGUCCGGAGCCAGUGAUCGUUUGCCCUGAACUCCCCUGUAAAAGUGAGCCUGAUGUAGCUCCGUGUGUCAACAGGCCAGUAGACUUGGUCUUUCUAUUGGAUGGCUCAGAGCGCCUGGGGACUGAGAACUUCCGACAUGUCCGUGAAUUUGUGCAGAAGGUGGCAGACACACUCGUACUGGCCCGGAGCAAGACCGAUCGUAUGCGAGCCCGCUUGGCACUACUAGAGUUUGGCAAGGAGAACGAGCGUCAUGUGGCCUUCCCUCUGACACAUGACCCUGCCCUCAUCUCUGAUGGCAUAGCACGUUUGCCUUAUCUCGAUUCAUCCUCCAGCGUGGGGCCUGCUAUCCUCCACACCAUAGACAACAUCUUGGGUAAAGGAAACGCUCGCCGGUCAAGACGCAAUGCAGAGAUUUCAUUUGUUUUCAUCACAGACGGCAUCACUGACCGCGUCAAUCUGGAGGAGGCGGUUAGUGCCAUGCGUAGCACGCAGGUCGUCUCCAUAGUAAUUGCCACAGGAGAUGAUGUUGACCAAGAAGUCCUCACAAAGCUGGCCAUGGGUGACCAGGAUGCCAUCUUUAAAGGAAAAGACCUCUCUGAGGUGACCCAGUCCACUUUGUUUGACCGUUUCAUCCAGUGGGUAUGUUAGAGAAACCAUGCCUACUGUAUGUAGACAUGAAUAUCAUAAGGGUGCUACUGUUUGUAAUCUAGCAAUUUAAUAAUGAGAUACUGGUUUAUACAAAAGAGAAUUGGAGCCACUUUAAAGUCAGAAUUCUGAGGAAGAAAAUGACCUCAAAUUCUUUUGUAGGUUUACUAUGAUUCUACUUUGCACUAUACAAUUUUCAGUUGACUUCACUGUACUCAUAUUCAUCCUAAAUAUAGUUAUUGAAAAACAUACUGUUAAGCUUUAUUACAAACUGUAUGUUAUCUUAACUCAGUAAACAGUUUGUAGGACACUAAAGUACUGUCUUCUGUAAAAUCCCAAAGGUUUCUAGUGCACAAAUCUUGCUACUUCAAGCACUCACUGUACCCAGAAUUACUGACUUACCAUAGAAGAGAUUAAUUUACAUUCAUUGUGAGAAAACAUUUUUUAAAGUUUGGAUACAUAUUUACAGUAACAUCAGUUAACUCAAAUCCUGUUCUGUGCGUUAUGCACAGGGUCUCCUAGUGGGAGGCAGAACCAUGAGCGGUUGAUUUGCUUUGGCCUGGCUGGGAUGAAUGAAAUCAUUCUUUGCAUGUCCACUGGAGACAAACCCCUUGCCUCCCUUUUUACAUCAUGUCCAGCUGCACAGGAAGGAGAAGAAAUAAAAAAAA